UGAUGUCAGACUGAACGCGAAAUCACUUCCUGAACUGAGAGAGAGAGAGAGAGAGAGAGAGAGAGAGAGAGGCAGAUGGGGAGAGCGCUGUUGUUGUAGUGAGACAGCAGUGGAGGUGAGGAGGGUCUGCCUGAAUACACGGACCCCGCUGGAAACUUCACAUCCAGAGAAAGAACCGCUGCUGCGCGUCGCGCUCUUAUAUGGAGGAGAGACUCGCCGGCUGGUCUCUGUGAGACGUAUAGAUGCAGCAUUGAUUUCUUUCAGCAUGCAAACACUGGCACAGCUGCAGUCGCACUUGUUGAGUUCAGACCGGGAGACGGACGCAGGCGAAAGCUUUGUCACUUACACGGAAAACUCCGAAACUCCGAUCAGAUGACCCUCUCGCCGACUCUGUCGACGGUGUGAACGCGGGCCGUCAUGUCCCAGAUGCUCCACAUGGAGAUCCCCAACUUCGGCAGCAUGGUGCUGGGCUCUCUGAACGAGCAGCGCCUGCAGGGCCAGUACUGCGACGUCUCCAUCGUGGUGAAGGGCCAGGCGUUCAAGGCCCACCGCGCCGUGCUGGCGGCCAGCAGCCUGUACUUCCGCGACCUGUUCAGCGGCAGCAGCAAAGCGCAGUUCGAGCUGCCGUCCUCCGUCACGCCGGCCUGCUUCCAGCAGAUCCUGGGCUUCUGCUACACGGGGAAGCUGACCAUGGCGGCCAGCGAGCAGCUGGUGGUGAUGUACACGGCCGGAUACCUGCAGAUCCAGCACAUCGUGGAGCGCGGCAUGGACCUGAUGUUCAAAGCCAACUCUCCGCACUGCGACUCGGCCACAGCCGCCAUGGACGAGCCCAACUCGGGCCCGCAGAGUCCCAGCAACAACCCGCUGGUGCCGUCGGUGUGGUCGCCCUCGCUGCCAUCCCGCAGGAUCAAGCUGGAGGAGCCGCCGGUGAAACGGGCCGACGGGACGCGUCCGGGUCGAGGUGCUUCGCUCUUCUGUGCUGGAGCGGCGGGCACAUUCGUACCCGGAGCGUCAGCGUAUCUCGGAGAGCGCUCUAGUCCAGGAGCAUCGAGCCUCCCAACCACUGACAGCCCCACGUCAUACCAGAACGAAGACGAGGAGUUCGAGGAAGAGCCCUUUGACGCAGAGGAAACCUACAGCCAGCUGUGCGGCCGCUCCGCCAACCCUUACGGAAGUAAACCCAGUUUCUUUCCCACUCUUUCUGUGGCAGAGAAGCCUGAGAUGGCGGUCAUGCCCGUGUCGCUGGAGAACCGCUCCUGUGUGCUGAUCCGCCGGGAUCUGGUGGCACUGCCCGCCAGUCUCAUCAGUCAGAUUGGUUAUCGCUGCCAUCCCAAACUAUACACUGAGGGAGACCCCGGAGAGAAGCUUGAACUAGUGGGAGGCACAGGUGUGUUCAUGACCAGAGGUCAGCUGAUGAACUGCCAUCUGUGUGCCGGCGUCAAACACAAGGUGCUGCUGCGGAGGCUCCUCGCUACCUUCUUUGACAGAAACACAUUAGCAAACAGCUGUGGGACGGGGAUCCGAUCUUCAACCAGCGACCCCAGCCGAAAACCACUGGACAGUCGAGUCCUAAACGCUGUCAAACUUUACUGUCAGAACUUUGCUCCCAACUUUAAGGAAAGUGAGAUGAACGUCAUCGCCGCUGACAUGUGCACCAACGCGCGCCGCGUACGGAAGCGCUGGCUUCCCAAGAUCCAGUCCAUGCUGCCGGAUGGGAUGGAGGUCUAUCAGGGCUCGUCCGCGGCCGUGAGUCUGGGUGUCGGCGGGCUGCCGGUGGGCGUUCAGCUGCCCUUCGAGCCUGACUUCAAGAACCUGCUUCCCUCGGGCCUGAAUCUGGAGCAGCGGCUCUACGCCGAGCGCAAGGAACCCGUGAGGACUCAUUUGCCGAUGGAUAGCGGUGAGGAUCUUCCCGGCGAGGAGGAGGACGAGGAGGAGGAAGCCCAGACCGACAGUGCUGAGGGGACGUUGGGGGCGGGGCCUGUCAAGCCUGGAGCUGAGGGCGGGGCCUCUGUGGCCACACCCCCUGAGCAGCAGCAGCAACAGGAGGAGGAAGAGGAGGAGGAGUUUGCAGACGGCCUGAGAAUAAACGGGAAGUGAGCGGAGCAGACGGCUUCCUUAUUGACUCCGGAAACCACCUUUCAGUUCAUAUCCACCGUGUGAAUACAUGCUGAAGGGAAGAAUCUGUGUAUUCAGAAAGCCAAACACACACAGGCAUCGCUCGUGAAGAAACACUUACCUGUUCAGUUAUCCUGGAAACUAGUAUUUCAAGUUGAAAGUCAUCUGGACAGUGUCAUUUACUCCAGAGAGCAGAAGUCGUGUGACGAAGCUGCGGGUGACCUUCAUUGUGAAACAUAAUAUUACGUUUUGCAUGUUCCGUUCUUGAGAUCACUUUGCCAUAAAUAUAGCAGUGAAUCUCGCAAAAGCAUGACCAGAUCACAUUACGCCCCAAAAAACAGAACUUUUGCAACAAGAAAUGAAGCCUCAUUCAAAUAAAUAGCCCAGUUUACAUGUUUGUAAUCAGAUUGAUGACUGAAAAGCCUCAUGUAAACAUCUGACUGAACUCAACUGUUGUUUGCAAUACAUGUAAACAAAUAUGUGAAUCGGAUUGUAAUGUUUAGGGUUCAUAUAAACAUAAAAUCCUAGAAUCUUAAAUCCGAUUGGAUUCAUUCCAGUGCAUGUAAUCAUACCCAUUAUUUAUGACAGUUAAGCCCCUAAAAUUAUAGAAAUAUAUAAAUAAAUAAACUAUUAAGAAAUAAUUACUAGUAAUUGUUAUAAUAUAUAUAUAGUAGUGGCCAAAAGUGGGAGAUACUUGUUUUUAAUAAUCCCACAAGUUUGAUUAAAGCAUCAAAAUAUUUUGUAUUUUUUAGAUAUGAGGGAAGAACUUGUUUAAGGUAUUUAUCUGACAAAAUUAUUUGGCAAAACUACAGCUACACGUUUUAUUUUACCAU